UGCGGUGCCGCUGCAACAACAACACUCGCCUCCUUCGUGACAGCACUUUUUGACAGCUCGCGGCAGACAUUAUCCGUGGUGUGUGCACAUUCUCCAGCUUUUGCGGCGUGAAAAACUAUUCAUAAAAGCAAACAAAAAUGUCCUUCGCACUGAGAAGCACCGCCCGCUUGGCCAGCUCGGUCCGACCGGCCCUGCGUGCCAUGCAGUCGCGCGGCUACGCCGACGAGAUGGCCUUCACGCUGGCCGCCGCCAACAAGGUCUUCUACGAUUCCGCCAACAUCCGGCAGGUGGACGUUCCGUCGUUCAGCGGUGCCUUCGGUAUUCUGCCCAAGCACGUCCCCACCCUCGCUGUCCUGAAGCCGGGUGUUGUGACCGUGUACGAGCAGGACGGUGCCGUCAAGAAGGUGUUUGUUUCCAGCGGCACCAUCACCGUGAACGAGGACUCUUCCGUGCAGGUGUUGGCCGAGGAAGCCCACCCGGUUGAGGAUCUGGAUGCCGGUGCGUGCCGCGAGCUCCUGUCCGGCGCCCAGAACAAACUGUCGUCGGCGUCCACUGAUGUGGAACGUGCCGAGGCUGGAAUCGCCGUUGAAGUGGCCGAGGCUCUCGUCAAGGCUGCUGAAUAAGGUGCGAGCAGAACACCAUCCUGCCGGAGAAUCCGUUUCUGGCACCCGAUUGUCCUUACGUUUAGGUUCAAGUGCGAGAUCAGUGUUCAGUGAUCUUUCAUUUCAUAGAGAGUACAGAAAGUCGAAAAAAUUCUUCAAAAGUCACGGCCGUUGAAGUGAAGUGACUAAUAAAUUCAAGCAGUGUACAAUUAAUCGGGAA